AUGGAACAUAAACAUCAUGUACUUAUUGAUGCAACGCAAGAAUCUCAUGCACCAUUCUUCGCUCAAAAUGAUAACUUCAACUCGUGGUUACAUUCUUAUGAUAAUGUAUCUGAAGCAUUAAAAUUUAUAAAUGGUAUAGAAUUACCGUACAGUAUAGAAGUAUAUAUAGCAAGAGACACUAUUUAUGAUCCUAUAUCAUCAGAAUUAAAUGCACCUACUCUUAUUAAAACCCUAGGCGACUUACAAUCAAUUAAUCAUAUUAGUGUAUAUAGCCCUAAUAAUGAUAUUGGCCUUGAACAACAAAUUCGCUGUAUUCUACCAGACAAAAGACAAUUAAAGAAAGUUAUUUCAGUGAUCAAUUUACGUACUUUGAUGUGCGAAGAAGGUAGAGCAUAUAUUAGAGAAAAAAUAUAUCAUUGUAUAGUUAACGAAGAAAUUAAUCUUAUACCAAACUACCAACAAGAUAUUAAUAGACUAAUGGACUAUUAUAACGAAAUUCUUGCUGACCAACAAUUAAGAAUAGACGCAUUGGUUGAAGAACAUUCUAAUAGACCAAGUGAAGAGGCAACAUAA